AUGCCGAAGACAGGAUUUGAUGUUAUUUUGGGUAUGGACUGGCUUGCAGAGUAUAGUGUUGUCUUAAACUGUGCCGCGAGGAGAGUUACAUUUCAUAUUCCAGGCUUGUCAGUAUUCCAGUUCAUCGCUGAGCCCAGAGUGGAGCCGUUAUCUAGUUUCAUGGUUUCGAACAUUGAGGAUUUUGUGGUAGAGAGUAUUGAGCAGUUGCCAGUUGUUUGUGAGUAUCUGGAUGUGUUUCAGGAGAUUCCGAGUUUGCCGCCACAUCAGCAGCAGUUUGCCUUGGGGAGCCCGGUAUUGUUUGUGAAGAAGAAGGAUGGUUCGUUGCGGCUGGUGGACUAUCACGAGCUCAACAGAGUCACCAUUGAGAACUGA